AUGAAGAGAGAGUGCAGGUUGUUUAAACGAGAGCAAGAUAGAGGUAAAGAAAAGAGUAAUGCCAAGCACACGACCGCAACUACUUCUGGUGGAAAUGAGAGGGACUUCUUUACAUCUUACACCAAUGGAGAUUUUGGUAAUGAUGUGAGACAUGUUCUAGACAUGCAUCUCAAUCUAAUCUCCACUGGAUUACUUGACGAUGAAGGAUACACCAAUGUCUUUGCUAAAAGGAAAUGGAAACUCAGCAAGAACUCUCUUGUCCUAGCACGAGGGAAGAAGGAGAACACCCUAUACAUGACACAUGCAAAAGUCAGUAAUGGGUACCUAAAUGCUCUCGCAGAAGACUCAAUCGAGCUAUGGCAUAAGUGGCUCGGUCAUAUGAGCGAGAAAGGGCUGCAAAUUCUAGCCAAAAGAGAGGCACUGACUAGGAUGAAGAAAGGCAUGCCUCUAAAAUCAUGCACGCAUUGCUUGGAUGGAAAGCAACAUAGAGCUUCAUUUCAACAUGGUCAUGCACAAAGAAAACCCAAUGUAUUGGAUAUUGUGUAUUCUGAUGUUUGUGGUCCUAUGACCACUAGUACUCUUGGUGGUGCAAUAUAUUUUGUUACCUUCAUUGACGAUCAUUCCAGGAAGGUAUGGGCUUAUGCACUUAGAACAAAAGAUCAAGUGUAUGAACGAUCUGUUCCGAAGACUCCUCAGCAUAAUGGCAUAGCUGAGAGAAUGAACAGAACUAUUGUUGAAAGAAUAAGAACAAUGUUAUCUCAUGCCAAGCUGCUCAAAAGCUUUUGGGGUGAAGCCUUGAUGAUUGCGGUUGAUCUAAUCAACCUUUCUCCUUCAGCACCUUUGAAUGAUGAUCUCGACGCGAAGUCGAAAGAAUGUAUCUUCGUGGGAUAUGGGAAUGAAGAAUUCGGUUAUAGGUUAUGGGAUCCUAUAGCUAGAAAGAUUAUUAGAAGUAGAGAUGUUGUCUUCUUUGAAGAUCAGAACAUUGAAGACAUUCGAAGAGGUGAUAAACCUGAUAAUCCUAGAGAAUAUCCAGCUAACUUAGAUCCAGUUCCUUCUCCAUUGGAGCAUAAUGACGAGCGAGAUGAAUCCAAUGAUACUGAUGAUCUAGCUAGUGAUCCUAUUAUAAAUGAACCAUUUGAUGAUGACAUGAGUGAUGGCCAUACAAUUGAUGGUAUAAUAGAUGAUGCAGCGGAUGAGGGGCUAGAAGCACAAGUCCAUGAAGAGCCAGCGGCUGAAUUCCAACCAAGAAGAUCGAUCAGGGUACGAAGACCUCCGAGUAGGUAUUCUUCAAAUGAUUACGUUCUCCUAGCAGACGGGGGAGAACCAGAAUGCUAUGAAGAAGCAUUGACUCCUGAUCAACAAGAUGAGUGGUUGAAAGCCAGGCAUGAAGAGAUGCAAUCUCUGCAUGAGAACCACACAUAUGAUCAGGUGAACUUACCAAAAGGUAGAAGAGCACUCAAGAACAAAUGGGUGUAUCGACUAAAGACGGAAGAAAACAACUCUAAGCCCAGAUUUAAGGCAAGGCUAGUUGUGAAAGGUUUUAGUCAGAAGAAAGGAAUUGACUUUGAAGAGAUUUUCUCACUCAUAAUGAAGAUGUCAUCCAUACGGCUAGAUGUGAAGACAGCUUUUCUUCACGGAGAUCUUGAAGAAGAAAUCUACAUGGAGCAGCCAGAAGGUUUCAAAGUCAAAGGAAAAGAAGAUUUGGUAUGUCGACUGAAGAAGAGCUUAUACGGACUUAAGCAGGCACCUCGACAAUGGUACAAGAAGUUUGAUUCCUUCAUGAUUGAACACAGAUAUCGGAGGACUACUUCAGACCAUUGUGUAUUUGUGAAAAGAUUUGAUGAUGGUGAAUUCAUCAUACUUCUUGUCUGUGUCGAUGACAUGUUGAUCGUAGGACAAAACAAUGACAAGAUUAGCAAGCUGAAGAAAGAGUUGAGCAAGUCUUUUGCUAUGAAAGACUUAGGACCCGCAAAACGAAUCCUCAAUAUGAGUAUAUCCUGUGAUAGAAAAAAUUGGUUGAAGUUAUCACAAGAAAGUUAUAUCGAGAAGGAACUAAAGCAGUUUAACAUGGAUAAAGCAAAACCAGUUUCUACUCCAUUUCCUAGUCACUUCAAGCUUAGUUCAAAGUAG